AUGUUUACAACCAAGUAUUUGAUGAUUUUGUCAUCAUGUUAUAAGAAAUUUAGAACAAAAUAUGUCUGUGUUACAUGCUUACGAUCAAAAAGCUCAGCAGAGCCCAAAACUAAGACGUAUUCACAUACAAUUUUGUUCCCAAAAACGAAUUUUCCGGCUCGGUCAAAUAAUAAUAAAAAGGAGGAAAUUCAGAAGAUAGCAAAGUUUUCGGAGCUUUACAACUGGCAAAGAAAGCACCUAGUCGGCCCUGAAUUUAUAUUACACGAUGGCCCACCGUAUGCUAAUGGUGAUUUACAUAUGGGACAUGCAGUUAAUAAGAUAAUAAAAGAUAUAAACAAUCGUAGCCAAAUACUACAAGGCAACAAAGUCCAUUAUGUACCUGGCUGGGAUUGCCACGGUCUCCCAAUAGAACUAAAAGCAUUACAAAAAGCCAAAACAGGAAAAGGACGUACUGAACCAACAACUCCAAUUCAAAUUAGAAAUAUAGCCCGUAAAUUUGCACUGGAAACUGUAGAGAAACAAAAGGCAGCUUUUGAAAGCUGGGGUGUUAUGGCUGAUUGGGAUAAACAGUGUUAUUUGACAUUAAAGAAAAGUUAUGUACAGAAACAAUUAAGGCAAUUUUAUAAGAUGUAUGAACAGGGGCUGAUUUUUCGUGCAUUAAAACCAGUGUACUGGUCACCUAGCUCUAAGACAGCGCUAGCAGAGGCGGAGUUAGAAUACGAUCCUCAUUACAAAAGCAAAGAGGUCUAUGUCUCAUUUCCUAUUGAGAAUGUCCCAAAGGUUGUCCAAAAUGUUUUAAAAGGUAAACCUCUCUAUGCAUUAAUUUGGACUACCACACCCUGGACUUUGAUAGCCAACCGCGCAAUUUGCUAUAGCCCUCAACUAAAAUACAGCAUUGUGACUUUGACCAGUAGACCUGGGGAGUAUUAUCUUGUUGGAAGUGGAUUAAUUGAAUCGCUGGAGACGACUUUGGGUGUGGAGAUACCGAAAGUUUUGGAGUUUGAUGGUCACCAUCUUGAAAAAACAACAUAUUACAACAAACUCGUAAAAACGACGCUGCCGUUUCUAGAAGGUGACCACGUGACUGAGGGAAAGGGAACUGGUUUAGUACAUACUGCGCCAGCUCAUGGGCCUGAGGAUUUCUUGGUCGCCUUGAAAAAUAACAUGACUGUGGCCGCUCUUGAGCAAAUACAAAUCCUACCCCAGUCCAGUGCAGAACAAUCUCGUGUUGGCUUCAGAGCGCAGCUAGAGAAACGUCCGUAUUGGUGCAUUUCGAGGCAGCGCGCGUGGGGCGUACCGAUACCUGUGCUGUAUUUUGGAGAUGAUGUUGUUGUUGAUGAACGUAUCAUAGACAGACUCUGUUCUCUAAUAGAAACACAAGGCCCAGACGUCUGGUGGACUUGUGACGUCACGGAAUUGCUGUCUGAUGACGUCGCGAAAGAACACCGAUUGGGCAGCAAGGAAAUUACUAAAGGGAGGGAUAUAAUGGAUAUUUGGCUAGAUUCCGGCCUGUCCUGGCAGACGCUGAGCUGUCAAAAAGCCAAGCUGUAUUCCGAGGGCAUUGACCAACUGACAGGAUGGUUCCAAGCGUCGUUGCUAACUUCCAUCGCAUUGAGGAACGAAGCGCCUUAUGAGUCGUUAUUUGUGCAUGGUUUCGUAGUAGAUGACAAGAAGCGCAAGAUGUCGAAGUCCAUCGGCAACGUGAUCGACCCUUUCACCAUAAUUCACGGGGGCAAAGAUAAGAACAGCCAGCCUAGUUAUGGUGUUGAUACUUUGCGAUGGUGGGUGGCCAGUCACGCAACUCAACAUUCACAAAUAAUAAUAAGCAGAAAACUCCUCGACGAUUGCCAGCAAGAAAUAAUUCGCAUACGCAAUAUUCUAAAAUACCUUCUUAGCGUCGUUAGUGAUGUGCCAAAAACCGAUUUUCACAAAACACCGGUUUUAAAUUUCCUCGACCAAUAUAUGGUUCGUGAAAAUGAAGAGUUUUUAAAGCAAAUAAAUGACCAUUAUAACAAUUUUAGGUACAAUCAUGUGGCUCAGAGUAUUUUGCAUUUUAUUAGUAAUAAAGUUUCCGGUUUAUACUGCCACUGUGUCAAAGAUAGGUUAUAUUGUUCGGGAAAAAAUUCUAACGAUAGAUUGUCAUCGCAAUUAGUCAUUCAUACGAUUUUAGUUACUCUGUGUAAGGCACUAGGUCCAAUUUUACCUCAUUUGGUCGAAGAAGCGUGGUUGUACCACCCAUUGUAUGAAGAACCGUUUUAUUUUACACAAAAAUUACCGGUUUUGUAUUCAAAUUUAGAUUUCGAUUCUAAUAUUAUGGAUAUAGUUUUGAAUAUCAAAAAAGAUGUUUGUGCUUUAGCGAAAAAUGAGAACUUAAAGAAAUUCACGGCCCAAAUUAAACUUAAUAAUUAUUCGCUUGAAAAAUUAAAAGAACUAAAUAUUCAAGAUGGCGUCGGCGAUAGUGUAUUGUGUGAGAUUUUGGAGUUGUCAUCCGUCACGAUAGAUAGUUUGACAGCUGUCAACAGUGGAGAGAAAUGGGAGGUAGAGCUGACAGAAAGCGGUAAAGGACAAUGCCUUAGAUGUAGAAAGUAUAAUGCUGUUGAGAAUAGUGAUAAAUGUUUAAGAUGUGAAAGAGUUUUAGUUGAGCAACAAAAUUAGUUUUAUUAUGUUAAUUUUGUUCAUUAUAAUAAUGUUUUUACUAACAUCAUAUUCAUAUAUUUUUAGU